AUCUCUGGUAGAACAGGCUUAAUAAAAUCUAUAUUAUUUCCUCCUGGCACAUCUCCUCAUUGGAGGAGUCAGCCAUAAGUAAAGGAAGGAAGGAUAUUAUUUCCUGAAGGAAAUAUAUUUAACACCAAUAGGAGAAACAAAGGUCUCUCGUUGAGGAGGCAGCCAUAAGGAAAGGAAGGAAGAAGGGUCUCUCGUGUCUUUUUUCUAUAGAAUCUGUGACAUAUAACCUGAUUCUUUUGGGAUCAUUCCUUUAGUGUGUACAUGCUUACUACUAGAAUAUUAUAAAAUAAGUUUAAAAUGGCUGAGGCAAUGAAACAAACUGUAGCUGGUAUGCUAAAAGGCAUUGAGAGGUACAAUCCAGAUAAUUUGACAACGUUAGAGAAAUAUGUGGAAAUUCAGUCGCGGGAAAAUGCUUACGAUUUAGAAGCAAAUCUUGCCGUUUUAAAAUUAUAUCAGUUGAAUCCUCAGCGGUUUAAUAUUGAUAUAACGUGUCAAAUAUUACUGAAGGCUCUAACGAAUUUCCCUCAUACUGAUUUUGUAUUGUGUAAAUGUCUCCUAAGUGAGAAAAUUAUGCAAGAAGAACCAAUUAGUCAAAUUAUGUAUCUUGGAGAUGUUUUGGAAAAGUGCAACUUCCAACAUUUUUGGGAACGUGUUGCUAAUAUGUCUGAUCUUUGUGACAAAAUUGUUGGAUUUCAGGAUUCAAUAAGAAAAUUUGUAUGUCAUGUUGUGGGAAUUACUUUUCAAACAAUAGACAAAGGCUUGUUGAUGCAAUUACUCGGUGAAGUUGAUGAUAAUACUGCGAAGCACUGGAUCAAGAAAUAUGGUUGGAAAGAAGAAAGUGAUUCUGUGAUUUUCAUUGCCAAUCAAGAUGAGAAUAUUAAGACAAAAAAUAUCACAGAAAAAAUCGACUUUGAAAAUGUUGCUGGUCUUAUGGCCGCUUGUCUUUAAGAUGAAAAAUAAAGUACUUUGCUAUGAAGCAAACUAAGUUCUUUUUUCUAUUUUUUUAUUAUACAAGAAAUAAAAUCACUGCUAGAGCAGACUUCCAAAUUAUGUGCAUAACAUAGCUUAUGAUUCACUGUUUAAAAACAAGCACAAUGAGAAUGCAAAAGUCAUCUGAGAAAAUAUAUAAUUUAAUAAUGUAUAUUACUAAUCAUAUCAAUGUUCACCCAGAAUUUCUCAGUUUUUCUAAUGGUAUGUACCUGGAGUUGAUUAGCUACUCUCGACAAUUAAACCUCGAUUAACUUUGGUGAAACCGGCCCGAUCUAAGCCUUUCGUUUGAUUAACCUAGACUAGAACUGCAACACUGAACAUCCUAAAGAUUCGAUUUAAUAAAAAAUAUAUUAGUUUGCUGUUAUACUGUUUUAUGGUGCCUGAUCCGGUUUGUACAUCUUCACAACAUUAUUUGUAACAUUUUCUAUUAUUAAAAGUUGUACUUUCUUUA